CUCAAAAUCUCUGUCUAUUUGCCACGUAACCGACAUGUCUUCCCAGUCGUUGCUGUUGCUACUCAGCUCACAGCUACGUAUGACGGAGCAUGCAACAGCGCUCGCACUCUGCUACUUGCACAAGCUCCAAAAGCACCAUACAAGCGCAUCGGAGCGUCUACUUGACGAUGCUACUGCUGCACUUGCUUGUCUCUCGCUCGCUUCAAAGAUGGCUGAGCAACCAAGACGCCUGAGUGAGAUUCUCCUCCCUGCACACACUCAUCUACAGCCAGACAAAGCACCAUUGACCAUUCCAUCAACGGAAUACGAUACACUCCGUGCAUCCCUCGUCAAUGCUGAACUCCUGCUACUCCGAGUCAUUCAAUUUGAUUGUCGACAAGCAACACCGUUUGAGUUUCUACCAAGAUUAUUGAAGCGUGCCGUCUUGUUUGAGACGACACACGCACCGAAGCAGCGUGGUGAAGGGACGUGUCGUGCCGAGGAAACACCACUUGGCUUACUAGCACGCACACUAUGUCUUGAAGGAUUGCAAUCACGACAGGUUGCAUUGUUCUUUACAGCCAAGACAAUUGCUGCUGCUGCCAUCUUGCGAGCACUAGGUCGUAUGCAUAUUGAUCUCGUUCAUGGCAGUCGUGACCCACGAGCUCAGAUGGCGUUUGUUGCUGAUGCGUGUAAGCUUGACCUCAUCGACGUUCAAGAAUGUGUGGAGGCAUUCCCUUGA